AUAAAAAGAGUAACACCAACAUGUUUUGUUACAUCAUCUGCACUUAGUCCAUUCACAAAUUUCGAUUUUAUUUUAGUUUCCGUGUUGUGUGUCCACUACUUGCUUAACCAUAUCAGAUCAAAUCAAAUCGCCGAUUCCUAAUUAUUAGGGUUUUGCUUUCGCAAUUCAAUUCAAUUCAACUCGUUUUCGUGAGUUGUGUUGAAUUUUGUUUUUGUGAGUUUGAUACUUUCGAUUCGGAGAGAGAGCAUGACGGACGAACAGCAGGUGCAACCGAUUUCGCAGCCGGUGACGGGAGAUGUUAGGGUUUGUGAGAAUUCUCAAAUGAUCGGAGUCAACGUUGUCAACAGUGAGGCUGAUGUGACGGUGACAGUUGAGACAGCUGUGAAAAGGAAGCGUGGUCGUCCGCCUAGAGGCUCUAUUCCGAGAACGACACAGCCUCCUAAGAAGCAGGUGAAGGAUGAAGAGGAUGUUUGUUUUAUUUGCUUUGACGGUGGUUCGCUUGUUCUCUGUGAUCAUAGGGGUUGUCCUAAGGCCUAUCAUCCCGCAUGCGUGAAGCGGGGUGAGGAGUUUUUUCGUGCUACCGAGAGAUGGAGCUGUGGUUGGCAUCAAUGUAAUGAUUGUGGAAAAUCUUGCCACUACAUGUGCUAUACUUGUACAUAUUCCUUGUGCAAGGGUUGUACAAAAAAAGAAGUUGAUUUUGUUAGUGUUAGAGGAAACAAAGGUUUGUGUGGAACAUGCAUGAGGACUAUAGUACUGAUUGAAAACAGUGCCCGGGGAAUUAAGUGCGAAGUGGAUUUUGAUGACAAAACCAGCUGGGAGUAUCUUUUCAAGGUGUAUUGGAUGUACUUGAAAGGAAAACUAUCUCUGAAUUUCGAUGAGGUCCUUCGCGCUAAAAGUCCAUGGCAAGGUGCUGUUCAUGUAAGUUGCAUGGUUCAACCUCCCCAAAAUUUGUUAGGAACUCGCAAAGUUGACAACGGUUAUGGUUCCGAGAAUUCCUGUAUAAUAAAUUCAAAUAGUCCAAUAAACAAGAAAGCUAAGGGAAAUAUUGGGGACAGUGGAUCGUCUAGUGUUGGACGCAAUGUACAAGACUUGUCCACUACCGAUGAGCUAAAUGAGAAUAAAUAUGUAUUAAGGAACCAAAUCACUCCUAAUAAAAUGGCAAUCCAUGGUGACACUAAUGCGGGAGAUUUGAGAUUAGCAGAGUCUAGUGUUCCAAAAGACAUUUUAUUCUUACUUCACUCUUCAGAGAUGGAACAGGCACUUUGGCAUUAUCAGGAUCCAACUGGGAAGGUUCACGGUCCUUUUAGUAUGUCGAUGCUGCGCAAGUGGAAAGGAACUGGAUAUUUACCUCCAAAUCUCAGGAUAUGGAAUGAAAAACAAGAGAAAUCUAUAUUGUUGACGGAUGCACUGAAUUGGAAGUUUUCCCAAAAUGUAUCAUUGCCACUCAACCAUGAACAACAGUCUUUGGGGGGCAGUGUUUCAUUGGAAAAUAAAGAAAAUAGUCAGGAUGGUCUUAACAUUGCAACAAGAAGGGAAGUUUGUGCUAACAACCAAAUUGUCAAGCUGAUUGGGGAUGAAAAAGUUGCUGAUAUUCGUACCCAAACUAAUGACAAAGAAUCCGUUAAGAGCAAUGGUGGGCACACUCCGUCUCCUGGUUUGACUAUACAAGGGGAUGGGAAUAUUUGUACCCAAUCCAAUGGUAAAGAUGAAUCUGUUAAGAGCAAUGGUGGGCUAACUCCGUCUGCUGGUUUGACUAUACAAGGGGAUGGGAAUAUCACUAAUAUUUGUACCCAAUCUAAUGGUAAAGACGAGUCUGUUAAGAGCAACAGUGGGUACACUCCGUCUCCUGGUUUGACUACACAAGGGGAUGGGAAUAUCAGCAAUAGCGGGUACACUCCAUCUCCUGGUUUGACUACACAAGGGGAUGGGAAUAUCAGUGAUGGCCAAAGUGGUCAUUUUGAAAGAAGGGAAGAGUCUCCCAAAUGUGAAGUUUCUUGUCAUGAUGCUACUAACGUGCAACCUGCACUACCUUCAACCGUCUUUAAUGAGAAUUUGAAUGAAAAACCGUCUUUGGAUAAAGUGGUGGACGGUAAUGAGAAGGAACAAAAAUUGGAAGAGAAUGUAAAUUUGGGUUCCAAUAGGUCUUCUGAGGAUCCGAGUAACAGUGGGCAAAGUGAUCAAAAACAAUCUGACAAUGAAGUGAAUUCAGGGCAAUCUUCUGGUCAGAACUGGAGAGCAUAUGAUGUAAUUCACUCUGAUGUAAAUCACUCUGAUGUAGUUCAUCCACCAAUGGACGCACCUUCAUGGCUGGCCGCGAUCUUUGGCGAAACCGAUUGCUCAUUAGCUGAUGACUCAGUUUCAGAUCUGUUGGAACAAGUAGAGGCAAAUGAGAAAUGUGGUGAAUUGGAGUCUCCCGCAGAGUGGGAUGAAGAGUUGACUGAGGGUGUUAUAACUGAUUGUUUUAAUUUUGCUAAUGCACUAAGCCCAAUGCUUGAUGGAGGUGCUAAAUCUGAUACUCUGACAUCCUCGAGUGAUUUACAUUUACCCUCGAUUGAUUUACAUUUAUCAUCUCAACCCCUACAUUUACCCUCAAUUGAUUUACAUUUAUCAUCUCAACCCCAACCCAUCGUACCAAAGGAGCCUUUUCAGCAUGUUGAUGUACAUAAUCAUCAAGUUACAAGGGGAGAACAAUCUUCAAAACCUCCUGAAACUGCGCCUACUUUCUCAGGUAUUAGCUGGAAUCAAUUUUCAUGGGAUCCAACUCGUUGACAUGGCAGAUGAUUUACAUUGGAGGCUACUAUAUUACUUUAGUCAUUAGGCUGAAACAAAUUUUAGACCAACUUGAAUCGGAUACUUAAUAUCCUGUUUAUAACAACAUUCUUUUACAACACAGCGACCUCUCACCUUCCUUCAUAGUUGAGGAAGAAAUGGAAGAGUGUCGUUCUUCUUCGUAGUAGUUAAAACUCUAUUUCGCUAUAUAAUUUUUUUGAACGUUUAAAUGCGAGAAACGGAUCUCGAUAGUUUACUUAUAAUUUUGAUGUGGAAAUUUUAUAAUUGGCGGUAUA